UCCCGCUCGUCUCUCGCCGUCUGGAGCUGACUAUCGGAAAUGCGGGGGCGCCAAUUUAUCGAGAUGUGAUCGCCGGUUGAAUCGCCGGAAAUCUGUUACCGGUUACAGAUCUGUAAACCUCUUUUCAGGUAGUUGAAGUGUUGGUGGUUACAUUGCACGAGGGAGAAAAUUUAGAAAUUCCUCUUUAGUGCCCAGAUGAGCAGAACCUAUGUUAUUGGCAGUCGAAGGGGGAGGGUUCUUUUCUUCUUCAGCUUCUGGAUAUAGCAAGGGUCUGACCCUUCUUCUAUUGGGUCGGAAGGACGAAGAAAGACCCAUGAGAGUGUCACCGUGGAAUCAAUACCAGUUGGUGGUGCAAGAAGCUGAUUCUGACCUCCAGCUGGCUCCUGGGAAGAAUCGGGUGACCCAUGGAUGUGCUGCCUUUGUUUGCUUUGGUCGUGCUGCCGCAGGACUCGAGGGCCCCUCCCCUCCAAAAGUGGGUCCUGUCCAGCAGCAGGAUGUUGUGGCAGAGUCUCUUGCUGUUUCUGGUAAGAAUAAGGAUUGUAUCUCUCAUCAUGGGGAUGAUAGAAGCAUAAAACAAGGCUGUCUCAAGAGCAGCUUAAAGAAGUCUUCCAAUUACGCCCCAAAUCAAUUAGCUAGUGGGGAGAGUGAUUUGCAUGAGACAUCAGGUGAAACAGUUAGUGAAACCCCUAGUUGUACUGAAAGGAGGAAAGUGCAAUGGACGGAUGCUUAUGGGAAAGAACUUGUUGAGAUUAGGGAAUUUGAACUCAGCGAUGUAGGUUUUUCAGAUGAGGAAUUAGAAACAAAAAAUGAACAGAGAUGUGCAUGUGUGAUUAUGUAGUUUGGCCCUGAUAGGGCAUCUGGAGCAAAUGGAUAGACCCCUUCAUCUUAGUAGCCUACUGAGCUCAAAGGUCAAGUGUAGAGGCAACAAUUUAUUAGAUGAAUGACUACUAACAGAGCCCUUCGCUUCUUCCAAUUGUACUUGGCUAGCUCUGCCGAUUUCCAGGAGAAGAGUGGGUCUGGACUUGUGCAACUAUUCUGUUUCUGCUGUUUCAGAUUGAUCAGUUGUCUCUUUUUCCAUCUUGGAGAUUUCAAUUUUGUCAGUCAGGCUUAUGUAUGCUUUCUGCUACAUAUGUAAUGCAAUGCCAUUGUAAUUGUUUCAUCGUAAUUAAAAUGUGUGUAUUUUUUAGACCUUGGUUUUUAAUGG